AUGGCCUUCAUCGGCACCGCCUCUGAAAUCAGUGAAGAGCUGCUCAAAGACGACGACGCAAAACGCCUGGUCAUCAAAAUCAACGCAAAGCGACUACAACAUCACGACUACCGCGGAUCAGCAUGCGCGUUCUUCAGAGAAACAUUUCCCGAUUGGGAAGAUGACAGCCGAAUCAACUUCCUCCAUAUCGAAGUAAGGGGCGGUCGCGUCUUCCUGGUCAUUGAUAUCAACCACCUUGAGUACGAUUUCAAGACAGCGCACACUAUCGACGACACCAGCCUUCCAGUCUACGUGCUCUCUUCCCAUUACAAGCUCUGGGCUCUUGUGAGAUGGCCCCAGUACGAUGACUAUGCUACCAUUCAGAUGGCCCAUCUCCAUAUGCUGAACGGGUAUGAUGCCGUGACACCGUUCUUUGUCGACAACAGCAAGCAUAUGUUGUACAGCAAUCCUCGCAACUACUAUGGUCCGAUUUAUGUGUAUGCUUCGUUGAAUUGA